AUGCCUUAUCUUGAGCCGACGCAUGAGGAAGACGAUAAACGUCUAAUAGACUUUGGGAUGACUUGGCGGCCAGGUGCCACGAACAGAUGCAAGGACGACAGUGGUAGCGCCGGAUACUCAGAGAAGCAAACGAAAAGACAAAAGCGGAUAUUAUUGGCACCGGAGCAGCGACUCGAGCAAAAUGCGAGGCGAGAUUGGAAAUAG